AAAUGACGGUCAUGUGAAAGUGGUGAGGGAACAAUUGAUUGGGUCCCACAGUUGCAGAGUCCAGUCCAACAUUGUUACCGUUAGAUGGUCAUCAUCAUCAACGUCCAUCACAACUCCAUCAAGAUGAUCGGAAUCCUGGACCCACGUUUCCUGAUACCAACCGCCUUUGAAAGCCUGAAAAAAUAUCUUAUCGCUAAACAUCAUGCUAAAGAAUAUAUUCCACUUAAAUUUCUUCUUUCUGAAACACAGGCAGAUUGGAUUGGCAAUCUGGUUGUUGCUGUUGGAGCCUUCCCUUCAUUUGUUUUUGUACGAUUUAGUUAAUUUUAUUCUCAUUCUAUUGAUUCUGUAGUUUUAGUUACAACUUCCGAUACUGCACUGUCCCUGUCUGUCAAGCUGUGUGUGGGAGAGUGGUCUGAGACGGAGACGGGGGCGUACCAGGAUUACUCUGUUGUCUCGUACACUCACGUCAGUGAUCAGUCCACCAAACUAUGGAAGUUGUUCGUGAUCAACUCUAAUCGCAGAGAUUAGCAAGAUUUGUUGUACUCAUUGAUCUUGCCAAUUUUCGUCUUUGAGCCUUCCAUUCUGUCUUUUUUCCAUUCAUAGUACUCAUUCAAUCCAUUAAUAUUGUUGCCUUUCCACAAAAUAAAGAUCGAUGGAGUUCGCUAGAUUCUGCAGCUGCUCUUGUUGGUUGAUAGUAAUUUUGAUCUCAGGACUCGUGCUUGCAGGAAUGGAAACAACGGUGGUCGCAGUUGGGAUCAACUACGGACAAAUAGCAAACAAUCUGCCUUCGCCGGACGAGGUGGUGCCGCUGAUAAAGUCGAUCGGCGCCACAAAGGUGAAGCUAUACGACGCGGAUCCGCGGGUGCUUCGCGCAUUUGCUAAUACUGGAGUUGAAUUCAUGGUGGGUCUGGGAAACGAGUACUUGUCAAAGAUGAAAGAUCCGAACAAAGCUCAGGCCUGGAUUAAAUCAAACGUGCAACCAUACUUGCCGGCCACCAAGAUCACCAGCAUCUUUGUUGGAAACGAGGUCUUAACCUUCAACGAUACAUCUCUCAGCGACAACCUGCUUCCGGCAAUGCAGAGUGUUCACACGGCGCUCGUCAAUGUCGGGCUUGACAAGCAGGUAACGGUGACCACCACACACUCUCUGGCAGUUCUGGAAACGUCUUACCCACCCUCCGCCGGAGCAUUUCGUUCUGAUCUCACUUCAUGCCUCACUCCCCUCUUGAACUUCCAUGCAAAAACUGGAUCUCCUUUUCUCAUAAACGCGUACCCUUACUUCGCCUACAAGGCCAAUCCCAAGCAAGUGUCGGUGGAUUUCGUGCUGUUUCAGCCUAACCAGGGGGUUGUAGAUCCUUCCACGAAUCUGCACUACGAUAACAUGUUGUUCGCCCAGAUUGAUGCUGUUUACUCGGCCUUGGCAUCUUUGGGAUACGGCAAGUUGCCAGUUCAUAUUUCAGAAACUGGUUGGCCUUCCAAAGGAGACGAGGACGAAGCCGGCGCCACCCCCGAGAAUGCCAAGAAAUACAAUGGAAAUCUGAUCAGGCUUAUUGCUCAUAACCAGAAGAAGGGCACGCCCAUGAGGCCCAACAGCGACUUGAAUAUCUAUGUCUUUGCUCUCUUCAAUGAGAACAUGAAGCCCGGUCCGACUUCCGAGAGGAAUUAUGGCCUUUUUAAUCCCGACGGCUCUCCGGCGUAUUCCCUCGGCUUAUCUGGAUCUGAUGUCUCUACCAACACUUCCUCCCCUUCUCCAACCGGAUCCUCCCCCUCCUCCUCCACCACCACCCCGGCUUCCGGCACGCUGCCGUUUCCUACCACUUCCUCCACCGGUUAUAUGUCCAUUUCCUCCGCCCAGGAGAGUCAUCAUUUAUUUUGGCCUGUAUACUUUUUGGUGCCAUGGACACUGAAGUUGAUCUUUUGCAAGCUGUGAACAUUCUUUUGCAUUAUACAGCUGUCGGAUCUGGGGAAAGAAAAAAGAAAAGAGAGAGCCGUGUUGGCGGUGGGAAGGAGAGAGAGGGUUAAAGUGAUGACUCAAAGUGGAGAACAGAAAAGCCAAACAAACUGUUUUCUUUCCUUUGCUUGUACGCUACUGGUAAUGAUGUUCUUUGAAUUAUUUAAGUCCGGGUAACAAGGCGCUAUUCCAUCGUCAUAGGAUCCGUCGACCACUUGGAUGCAUUAUGGAAUUCUCCAUCAUAAUUUCGGCCUCGAGACUGUUCGACUUUGCAGUUACAUCUUGCCACCAGUCCUUGGGUCUUUAGAAAUAAAUGAUGUUGUACUGGUUUUCUUUAUUUAUUUUUACUUUAUAAUUGUAGUUUCCUUUUCUAUAAACGGGAGAAAUCUAGUAUUAAAUUUCUAAUUUUACUUUGUAAUAUCAAAUAAAUUUAAUGUAGUACUAUUUUUUUCCGUCAAA